AAAAUCUCUCCCCUUGUACUUCCCCAUCAAGAGUCAUGCCCACAUGAUCCCUAAAGCUUUGCCUGCCACAAAAUGCCAGAAACACCACAGCCCAACUGCACCUUCCUAUACCCAACCUUCUUCAUACUGACUGGCAUUCCAGGGCUAAGGGGUACCCAGACCUGGCUGACACUGGCCUUUGGGCCCAUGUAUCUGCUGGCCCUCCUGGGCAAUGGAGCACUGCUGGCAGUGGUAAGGGUAGACCCCAUGCUGCACCAGCCCAUGUUUCUACUCCUGGCCAUGCUGGCAGCCACAGACCUGGGAUUAGCUUCAUCUGUAGCCCCAGGGUUGUUGGCUGUGCUAUGGUUUGGACCCCGACCUGUGCCAUAUGCUGCCUGCCUGGUGCAGAUGUUCUUUGUACAUGCACUGACUGCCAUGGAAUCUGGUGUGCUUUUGGCCAUGGCCUGUGACCGUGCUGUGGCAGUAGGGCGUCCACUGCACUACCCUAUCCUAGUCACCAAAGCCCGUGUAGGCUACACAGCCCUGGCACUGGCGCUGAAAGCUGUGGCUAUUGUUGUGCCUUUCCCUCUGCUGGUGGCACGAUUUGAGCACUUCAGAGCCAAGACCAUAGGCCAUGCUUACUGUGCACACAUGGCAGUGGUAGAAUUGGUGGUAGGUAAUACACGGGCCAACAACUUGUAUGGGUUGGCACUUUCAUUGGCCGUGUCAGGUGUGGAUAUUUUGGGUAUCACCGGCUCUUAUGGACUCAUUGCCCAUGCUGUGCUCCAGCUGCCUACCUGGGAAGCCCGUGCCAAGGCCUUUGGUACAUGUAGUUCUCACAUCUGUGUCAUUCUGGCUUUCUAUGUCCCUGGUCUCUUCUCCUACCUCACACAUCGCUUUGGCCACCACACCAUCCCAAAGCCUAUACACAUUCUUCUUUCCAACAUCUACUUGCUGCUGCCACCUGCACUCAACCCUCUCAUCUAUGGGAUCCGUACCAAGCAGAUCAGGGACAGAUUCCUGGAAACAUUCACAUUCAGAAAAAGCCAGUUCUAAUGGACAG